CUGGACUGCCCAACUAAUCGUUAGUGCCCGGGUACAGCUUCCUUGACCUCGACCAGAUCCAAACGGGCCUCCAUCCCUCCUCGUGCGGCAACCUUGGAAGCCAGGCUCACACGCGACCUCCGUUUGUGCAUUUCUCACCCAACUCAAACACGGCCGCGUCCCAGGCGUUGCCACCGCCCCUCACUCUCUCGCAUAUCAGCCAAACACAUUCAUCACCCCUGCGACCCGCUUCUACGCCUGCGCCCUGACGACAACAUCAUGAAGCUGUGAGCAGUCAGGCAGUCAGUCUACUCCAUUCGCUAGGUAGACACGGACGGCUGGGGAAACGGCGUUCUGAACACGCAGUGCUCCCUCGCAUUCCCAGUGAUUGGUCUGAUCGAGUGACCCCCGUCAUUCUAUCCUCUCCUGAAGCGACUCUUCUCCGAUCUUGGAGCCAUGAAUAUCUGUUUGCCGAUCAUCCACGUCGUUCGGUUGCCUUGACCUUCGCAGGACACCUGGUGAGGAACCGUCCUAGACACGCCCGGCCGAACAGCCCUCCAAUUCAAAGCACCGACAACUGUUGUAUCAGUUGUGAUUCCAAAUGACGAGAUGGAUCCCACAUAUCCGCCAAGGACACCUCUGUCCCCCGCGGCCGCUUCUUCGUUCAGCGACCUCAGAUCUCGCCGUGACUCUCUCAAUUCCAUUUCGGCUACUUCUCAAGUAGAUAAAGAGCAGAUGGCACAGGCGCUAGACAAGAUACAUACCUCUGCGAGCCAGUCCGACGUCUUGACCACCUUCAACGACUUCGCCCCGCCGCCCGCCUCCGCCCCCACAGAAGGCAAGGGCUCUCCCGGAGAGCUUGUGCAUCAGGGUAUCAGCGGGCUUUACAGUCGCUUCAAGGAGGCUGUUGGUGUGGGCGGAAAGGCAGCCCUGCAAGAGCCAGAACUGACGGAGCGCAGCGAAGGGCUGUCCAAGAAGGGCAAGACGUCUCUGGGGUCUUUGAAAAGUGCAGAGGGCAGCGCGAGCCAAGUUGCAGACUAUCCACCCAGUGCAACACCAUCGCAUGCGCCAGCCCCAGCGGAAGGCGUCUCGCAGCCUCCACAAUCAUCCAAGGCAUCCUCGAUUGCAACGGUUAGCACAGCAAAGAGUGCGCCUAGCCUCCCGAAAAUAGUCAAGGGCGCUGCACCCUCGGUCGCCGCUACCGCCGUGGCACCAAUCACAGUCAGCGCCUUCAAGGACAACGAUGCGACGCGCGGGGUUACGAGUCGUGUCGAGGAGACAGGCCGGCGGACGACACAGAUGCCUGAGCUCAAGACCACAAGCGCGUCCAGGGGCUCGAGUAUUUACGAUCCAUCAGAUGCUAGGAAUUUCUCCCACGGGGAUCUCCUUACCAGCCCUAAGGGUGCGCGGAGAGACAGCUCAUUCAGUCACGACGCUGCCUCGGAUGAUGCGUCCUUGGGCCAUGUCAAGUCAAAUUCAACUGCUGGUGGGCUUGAAAUCCCUCAUGCUCGUCAACCAAGAGACAGUCUCAAGAAACCGGCCGUAAUAGAUCGGAUAAGUCGGUCCAGGGCAUCAGCCGGAGGUCAUUCGAGAUCAUCGUCUGUAGAAGGUACCGCUGAACCAAGCCCCAUCAAUAUGUCGGCGCAUGGAUCUGUUUACCAUGAGUCCUUCGGUCAUAAUGAGAGACCAGAACAGAUCCACGGCGGCGGCAUCAAGAUCCCAGGCACAACCGCUGUUGAGGGGCCACCUGGAGGUGUCAGCAACCGUUUGGAGAUGAUGAGAAAGCAAGUCCUCAGCAAGGAGUUUUGGAUGGCAGAUGAGACGACCAAAGAAUGUUUCCAGUGCGGCGCGCCCUUCUCGGCUUUUCGGCGAAAACAUCACUGCCGAACCUGUGGCUGCAUUUUCGAUUCCAAGUGUACCUCAACUAUAUCUGGCCAAAGAUUCGGUGUUGCAGGUAAUCUGCGAGUCUGCAAAACCUGUCUGGAUGUCAUAAACAGCAGGUAUGACAGCGGUUCUGAUUCGGACAAUGACUCCUAUCUGCCUGCUAUUUUUCGGUCAAAUCCUCUGAAGCCUGCACCUUUUGCCAAGGCAAACAUGGACGACAACAUGAGCAUUUCUGAGAGGACAGAGGAUCAUGACGAUAACCGGAUGGCGACAGCUCCAAUGAUGGCAAUCCCGGCCAUGAGGAGAACCGGGGGUGAUUCCGCAAACAGACGGUCUGCUAUUCUCGAAAUUGACGCCGCUCCACAACUGAGUCGGCCGAGCUCAUCGCGCUCGUUGAGGUCGUUGGCCGCAAACAGGCCGCAGUCUUCGGGUCAUAGGAGGCACCAUUCAAAACAUAACCUGCUGAAUCGCCUGAAGGGCUCCCCAGUACAAGACGACUCCGCGCCAUUCCGCAAGUCAGCCAACGAAGAACUUCAGAGGAAACCCAAGCUGCCGGCCUUCCAUGACGACAAUAUUAUUGACCCUGAGCUUGCCCCAUACAUGUCUGACGAGUCGAGCGGCGAUGAGCAGCAGAUGAGCAUAUUUGCCACAAUGAACAGCAGUGAUAUCACGCCUUCUAGUCUCGACCCUGACAAGUCAAAUUUCGGUCCAUUUCUGAGCGCCGGUCGCAGGCACAAGGCACGAGGAGAGAAGAGCAUCAGCGGGUUGAGCUUCACCAGCCGUGGACCACCAGAUGACAGUAAUGCCGGUGUCACGGUGAUCAACCAUGGGAGGCCAGGCCGACGGAGGAAUAUGAGCACAACGAGCAAUACCGCUCAUCAUCUUCGAUCGCCUCGGCCGAGAUCUGGCAUAUUCAGAGGUCCAGGGGCGUCUACAGAGUCGCUUGCGAUAUUUGACCCGACCACACCCAUUGAGCCGACGUCACUCAUGAGGAGCAAUACCAUUCGGAAGAAGUCAACACAAGACGAUGAACUACCCGCAGCCAGCUUGCAGCAUGUCCAGACACUUUUUGGGCAACUGCUUCAAGACAAUGGCAUCCAAAAUCCCCUUGCAUGGGAAAAGGCACUGAUACCGAUACUUGUUCGAUGCUCAAAUGAUGUAGACCCUGACACCCGAGUUGGCGACCUGAUGGACAUUAGACACUAUGUCAAGCUUAAAAAGAUACCAGGAGGGAAACCGGGCGACACAAGCUACGUCUCUGGGGUCAUAUUCACCAAGAAUCUUGCUUUGAAGAGCAUGCCCAGGCGAAUACUCAAUCCUCGCAUUGUCCUCGUGUCCUUUCCUAUAGAGUACCAAAGACACCAGCAACAACACUUCAUGAGCUUGCAACCGGUUAUCGAGCAAGAAAAGGAGUUUCUGCGGAUGGUGGUGAAUCGCAUCAUUAACCUUCGACCUCAUGUCCUCCUCGCCCAUAAGUCUGUCUCAGGAGUCGCUCUCCAGUACCUCUCGGAGGCUGGUAUAGCUGUCGCAUACAAUGUCAAGCUUGCCGUCAUCGAAGCCGUGUCUCGGUGCGCCAAGGCGGACAUCAUCGAAACGUUGGACAUGCUAGUCUUGCCUACACAAGUUGGUCAAGCGGGUGGAUUUGAGGUCAAGACCUUCGUGAACAACAGCUUUCCAGGUCGGAAGAAGACAUACAUCUUUAUCUCCGGCUGCAAGAAAGAGUUGGGCUGUACCAUUGCUCUUCGAGGUGCCUCGACAGAAGUGCUCAGCAGGAUGAAGAGCGUCACAGAGUUCAUGAUCUACGUCGUCUACAACUUGAAAUUGGAAGCCGCUCUGCUCCGAGACCACUUCGUAUACAUGGGAACCGACCCAGAUACUGCUCCGACACCAUCGAAGGAUGGCCUUGGUCAAAGCCUCAGAUCGCUGCCAAGUUUUGAGAACAAGAGCGUGUUGGGGACUUUGUCAACCAAUGGCGACCAACCUGCGGACAGCGAGCAGAACACGCUAUCUCAGGCCGACUCGGACCCAAAGACAGAGGAAAGCCAGCAUUCUGAUCCCAUGCCGCCGCAGCCCCCUGAGAAGACCCCAAGUAUGCUUUCACUGCACUCCGCUCAUUCAACACAUGACAGUCACAUUCCCGAGGAUGUACCAGCACCGCAAUUCUACAGCGAAAUGGUCGCGAAAUAUGAGACCAAAAUCCUAUCUGCUUCGCCAUUCGUCAAAUUCACGCAGCCGUACCUGCUCGUCAAAGCUCGAGAGCAAGAGCGCCGGUUGGUGUAUCUGAAGCGGCUACGCGACCAAGACAUGAUCGAGGAACUAGGGGAGAACGAGAAGGCCAAGCCACAAAAGUUCCAACUCAUCAAGCCCGAAAUGGUGCACAAGAUCGGACAGAAGGCUCCUCGACAAAUAAUGGAAGUGCUACACGCGGUCCACGACGCCGAGUAUGACAAGGCUCUGUACAACUAUAGAACACAGACUCGGCAGUGGGAAAACUUCAUUGCAGGUGCUCUCGACCUAUUUGACCCUUAUUCGCACCAGAACAUUGUCGUCCUUUACUCCGUCAUCUGCACAGAGACGAAAAUCCCGUGCUCUGAGCCCGGGCUGAUCGCGUUUGGCUUCUACCACGACGACCCUGCCGACAACAUGGACCCGGAUUGCACCUUGGGCCAAUAUAUUGAAGAUCUCUGCGGAAGUGCUGACUCUAUCUGCCAUGCCAAUGGCUGCGAUCGUCAAAUGGCUGAGCACCAUCGUACGUAUGUCCACGACGAAGCACACAUCACUGUGUUCAUCGAGAAAAACGCCCCACUGCCGUUCGACCCGACCGUGCUGAAAAAGGGCGAGGCGAUACUGCAAGAUGGGGAAGAUCCAGACGAUCCCAUCUACCUCUGGAGCUAUUGCAAGAUUUGCAAGAGAGACAUGGGUUUCGGAUCUUUAUCGCCCACUGCGAGGAAGUAUUCUUUUGGAAAGUACCUCGAGCUAUCGUUCUGGGGCCGAGGACUGAAGUGUUGGCCAGACCUGGAAUGCCCGCACGACUAUCAGAAGGAGCACAUCCGUUAUUUCCACUACCACGACACGUCUAUGAGGGUCCACUUUGAUCCUAUCGACCUCCUUGAGAUCAUUGUACCACGCACCCGCCUGACGUGGAAGGUUGAUAACGAUUUGAGGCUUAAAAACGACAUCUUCACCAAGGAAGAGCAACGGUGGAACCGCUUCAUGAAUUCUGUCAAGACUAGAUUGAAGAGCAUCCGGAUCGACAGCGUCCUCCCUGAAAAAGCUGACGCCUGCAAAGCUGAAAUCGAGAGACUCGGUAAGAAAGCCUCAGAGGACCAGCCAAGGAUGAUUCGCGAACUGCAAGCCGCCUACAUCAAUUCAGCAUACUACGAAGUCAUCCCACUCAAUCGCGUUGUCCGCACAAUGAUAGAAAGGGUUGCAGAGUGGGACUCUGCCUUUGCCAAGUUCGAGGCCGAUUUCCUAUCUGACAAGGAUGUCAGGCAGAUCACCAUCAAUCAGUUGAAAAAGAUGUUUUCUGACAACGACUCCAAAGAGUCCCUGCCAGUUUCCGCAGAUGGUACCAGCAUUGCUUCGGCGGACACGGACGAGAAGACUUCGCCACCGACGACUCAGAAUUCAGUCAUCGAGAUGAAUGAAAAAGCCCAGAGUGAGCCUCACUUACCUGCUACUUCACCGAAAGCGGGUGAGCUUCCGGAUAAGGAUGAAUCCUUACGGGAGGAAACCAAUGCUGGUUCUGUGGAUAUCGAGGCCCCAAAGCCAGAGGGCAAUGAUCCCAGCCCAACAUCGUCUGGCCAUCCCGUUCCAACGAAGGACGAGGAACCAGCGCGGGAUCGUGCGGCUGAGCGAACUGGUAACCUUGAGGUUGGGGACUAUGAUAGCAAGCAGGAAUCAGCUGUUGAAGAGUCCACCAUGCCUCAGGUGGACGUUGACGAGACCAAGGCAGACGCUCCGCCGUCUACGGAAGCAAUGGACAUCCCUGAAACGCUACCAGCCACCCAGAUUCCCACCCCAGUGCAUUCCAAGACACCUUCCCGAAAUCAUUCUCGGUCCACUUCUUUGCGGCCCGAUUCCUCGCUCUCACUCACAGAGAAGGUCGAGCAUUUACGGCGCCAGCAACGAGAGGCUGUUGCAGCAGAGCCAAGCGGUGGAAGAGAAGGCAAGGAUGCUUCGAAGGUUCCAGAAAAGGGUCCAUCUCGUAGGGCGGGAUUGACAGUGUCGCCUCCGAUCACUCGUGCCAUUUCUCAGCCAAUAGGUGUGCUCCCUAGAACGCAGACGGGCAUUAGCAGGCCACUUCAGGCCAAUGUGCCAAAAAGUGCUGAGCUUCCUGCAGGAGGUGACUCACGGCGUAUUUCAACUGCCGAAUCCACCAAAAGCGACAAAUCCAAGCUAUCGGAUCGGUUUGGACUUGCAGCUCUCAAGACCAAGAAAGCCGGGGGAUCCUCCAUCCCGCGGUACGUUCACAAAAGGAAGGAGACCAAGGUUUCGAAUCUGGCCCGACAUUUCGAGCAAUUGAGCCGUGAGUUUGAGAAGGAGCGCAUCCGGGACCGCAAGCAGAGAGCCGCCAAGCUUCAAUCAUCUCGGGCUUUCUUGCCACGUACAUCGGCGAAGGCGAUAGUAGAAGUCUAUGACGACGUAGAUCAGGCCGUCUUGGAGCCAGGGCCAUCGGAUGAUGAUCAUUUGCAGGUCAGUCAGCAGAGCCAAACAAAGAUGCCAGAUUUCAAUCCGGAUGAUCCGCCAACCGCACCCGAGUCGGAAAGGACGUCCGAUGAGACUGUUGGGGAUAACGAUACGGCUGGUUCGGCCGAGCCCAUCUCUCAGCCUGACAGCACCAGCACUGAGCAUGAAAGCGAGAAGAAGCCGGCCAGUCCAGUUGGUUCAGACGACGAGGCCGAGGGCGUGGCCGGCAGCGAUGCCGAGGGUUCACUUCUCGAAGAUAUCUUGCCCGAUGUGCAAGAAAUUGCAGACUCCCUGGACUCGAGCGAGGAGAUACCUCUCGAGUUGCCCAAACACCAAAAGACCAGCCUCAUGAAGAUGCUCACAACGUUCUGGGCCGAACGCUCUGCGAGUGGCUGGCCCCAGCUUGACUACCCCAUGAACUUUACGGACCACAUCUUCACUGAUUCUGAUGUCAUUGUGAGGGAAGACGAGCCAAGCUCUCUUAUCGCCUUUGCCUUGGGAUCCGAGGAUUACAAGGCCAAGCUAGCAGUCAUUCAAAGGCAAUGGAAGAUGAGCGAGCAAAAGGACAGCGAAGGCGAGGCUUUCAGCGACACCAAGUCUCUCGACCCGUCGGAGCCUGGUGACGAGUUCAUGGGUGAAGAGGAACUAGAGAAAAGCCUGUUGCGCGCUACAGGUACGCAUUUGAAGUACCAAUUCACUGAAGGCUCAGCGAAAAUGCUCUGCAAGAUCUUCUACGCGGAACAGUUCGACGCCCUACGCAGGAAGUGUGGUGCGGCAGACCGUAUCAUCGAGUCACUGUCGCGUUGCCUUAAAUGGGACUCCAAAGGCGGCAAAACCAAAUCAGUGUUCCUGAAGACUCUCGAUGAUAGGCUGGUGAUGAAGUCGCUCUCACCGAUCGAAACCUCCGCAUUCCUGCGCUUCGCCCCAGCAUAUUUCAACAUCAUGGCUGAGGCCCUAUUCCAUGACCUACCUUCGGUGAUCGCCAAAAUGCUGGGCUUCUUUCAAGUGAUUGUCAAGAACCCUGCCACCGGUACGGAGAUCAAGUUAGACCUGCUGGUGAUGGAAAAUCUGUUCUAUGACCGCUCGCCAACGCGAAUUUUUGAUCUCAAAGGAUCAAUGAGGAACCGCAAGAUACAGUCCACCGGCGAGCAGAACGAGGUCCUGUUGGAUGAGAACAUGGUCGAGUACAUCUAUGAAAGCCCACUCUUCGCGAGGGAGCAUAGUAAGAAGCUUCUCAGGGCAUCUGUCUGGAACGACACGCUCUUCCUGGCAAGACAGAAUGUCAUGGACUACUCGCUCAUGAUCGCAGUCGACGAGUCCCGUAAGGAAUUGGUCGUAGGCAUCAUCGACUGCAUACGUACCUACACGUGGGAUAAACGGCUGGAAUCGUGGAUCAAGGACCGUGGGUUCGCAGGAGGUGGGAGGAACAAACCAACGGUCACGUCACCAAAGGAGUAUAAGAGCAGGUUUAGGGAGGCCAUGGCGAGGUACAUACUGCAGGCGCCGAAUUGUUGGCACCAUUUUGGCGUUCCUGGCCUCGGUUCGAUUGAAAGGGGUUUGCUAGAAGGGCCAAGAUCGGCCUUUGAAGGCGAUGCUUGAGGCAGAAAGCUUUGUACUCAUGGAUGCAUGUGUGGAUAUGGGCAGAUAGGAGGACCACGAGAACGACUGCAUGAAAUGGGGCGUGUGGCAUAUUCACAGGCGUAAGGGGCUUACUAUGAUACCUAGGAGAGCAUAGCCAGCGAGUAAUGGCAUUCUGGUUUGUUCCCGCGGA